GAGGCAUUGUGCUGGUAGAACUUCUUCUCCGUGACUUGCCUUUCUUUCUCCUCAGUGCUAAAGGGAUAUGUAUAUAUUUGAUUACCUUUAGGAUGGUGCAGGCUCAACUCUUCUCUCUCUUCUCUGUCAUUACAGGCACCUUCUCACAAUCAUGGUCCAUGACAGUUCCCCCUGUAGUGAACAGCACCAUAGGAGGAGAUGUGGUCCUACCCUGCUCCUUCACCCACCCCAAGCAACAAGACUACUCCAAAGGCAUCACAGUUCAGUGGGUCACCAGACAAUUCCAUGAUAAACCCUUCUUCCAAUGCAAGGUGAAAAAUGUUACUACGGGUGGAAUGAAUGAAUGCUCCGUUCCAGAGUCAUACCAACGCUUCUCAGUCAAAGGAGACCCUAAGCAGAGGGAUCUCUCUCUCCUCAUCAGAGAUCUGGCGGUCACAGACAAUGGAGUUUACUUCUGCAGAGUAGAGCUGGACUAUUACUGGGGUGAUGGGAAGUGGCAGACUGCCAGCGGCACACAGCUCAAUAUCAUUGCUAAGGCCCAUAUUCUCAGCCUGUCUUGGGUAGAGGCGUCCCUCGGACCAGGCAACGGGAGCCUCAGGUGUGUAGUUGAGGGGAACCCCCCAUCCACCAUCACCUGGUUCUCCUCCUCUAAGGGCAACAUAGACCCAGGUGUCAGCACCAUAGGAACCCACCCAUUUCAGAGGACCAGUUCAAUCCCCUACUUCACCCAGGAAGUGUACACCUGCAGGGCAGAGAACAGCCUGGGGAGGGCAGAGAGACGGUUCCCCCCUGGACCCACUGCGCUGACCGUAGCUCUCUCUGUGUGUGGGGUCCUGCUUCUGUUGCUGCUCCUUGGCGUGGCUUUAUUUUACCUGAGAAAAAGAGGAUACCUGAGAUUCUACAAUUCAGAAAAGAUUAAGCAGCAAUCUGAUGUGUGCACAGAUCCUGCUAUAGCUAUGGUCAGUGAAUCCUCUAUCUACGCCAAUGUCUCAGAAAUGGAAAGCCCACAGUCAUUGUAUAAACAUAAUUCACCAGAAGAUGGCGACAUGGAGCUAAAUCUGGUAUACUCAGACGUUCAACUGAACGCCACCACUCAAUCACCCCAAAGAAGCUCUCGUGUCCCCAUACCAGAUGAAGGUGUCCACUAUGCUAUUGUGAAGCUGGGGUGAACUGCCGAGGCGCAGCAGAGAGAAUGUAACUCUGGAAGUAUGUCAUAAUGAAACUGACCUCCCUCAUUCUGACAGACAUUUUUCAAAAGUAAUCAACGAGAGUUUAGCAGUCAAUCUUAUUGAAAUUGUUCACAACAUUGGGGCAACUUGGUAUAUUCCGUUUUUAUAUUGUUAUUCUUAUGGAGGUGCAAUUACAUAAUUGCCCUACAAGUGUUAUUGUAACUGUAGUGUUAUUGUAACUGUAUUGUUAUUGUAACUGUAUUGUUAUUGUAACUGUAGUGUUAUUGUAACUGUAGUCUUAUUGUAACUGUAGUCUUAUUGUAACUGUAUUGUUAUUGUAAUUGUCAAAAAUGUUACUCAAUAACUAUUGUUAUUGUUCCUGAGCGCCAUUACAUCAUUAUACUUCUGGG